AAAGCUCGUGUCUCACAGUAACAUAAUUCCAUCCACAGCCUCUGUAUCUCGUAUAUAAUAAUAUUCCUAGUAAUCUAUUCAUCUUCUUCCCCACCAUCUCUCUCUUCCAGACCAUCAAGAUCCCCAAAUGAAUCAGAUCCAUUUGUUUAACCUUUCAUCAACUCUGUUUCCAGUGAUACACUUCUUUAUCUUCAGUUCCUUUUUCCUGGCAAGAAACGCUUUAGCUGUGGACAAGAACUUCACAGUCUGCAGCGAGCCAAGUACUUGUGGUAGGCAUAACAUAAAGUUCCCAUUCUUCAUCCAGGACCGUAGAUGUGGUUAUCCCGGAUUCAAUAUCUCCUGCAGAAACAGCAGAGACCCAAUCCUUAGCUUGCCUGAUGGCGACUAUACCAUCCAUGAUAUCUUUUAUCAGAACCAAUCUUUUCGCGUGUCAAAAGCUGUUGCUUUCUAUAGAGAUUCCGUUUGCAGCCAUUCAAUCCCAAACAUAUCCAUUCCAGAAGACCGGCUUUCUCUGCCGCCAAACCAAACAGAAAUAUUUUUGCUCUUCAAUUGCAACUUAACCAGGCCAUCGACCUGGGAACUUUCGCAGUACAAGGUUUAUUGUUCUGCUGAAGAUGAAACUAAUGCAACGUUGGUACUGUUCAAUAAUGAUCCUAAGCUGAAUUCUGCUUCAAAGUAUUGUCAAAAAACGGUGGUGGCGCCUGUGGCUUUUUAUGAAGGAGAGCGAGGCGUUGAAAAUAUGCUGAAUAGAGGGUUUGUGCUGAAGUGGAUAGCGAGCAACUGUAGCAUUUGUGAGGCGAGUGGGGGCAAGUGUGGAUUUGAUUAUAGUACCUACCAUUUCAAGUGCUUUUGCCCUGAUAGACCUCACGCUUGGCACUGUCGUCCUGGGAAUAAAACUUUGGGAUUGAAGCUGGGACUUGGAAUUGGAUGCCCAGUCACUCUAAUAAUACUGCUCUUGUCCAUCUAUGUCUUCCGGUAUCGAUACAAACACAAAUAUGCUUCUUCAAACUUUCUCAGAGGAAACGCUUUAUCCAGUCCCUCUUCAAAAUCAGACCUGGAAAGCAGCAAUACUGUCGGCUUUGGGCUCCUCAUCUUCACCUAUAGGGAACUUGUGGAAGCUACAAAUAAUUUUGACGAUGAGAAAGAACUUGGAGAUGGAGGUUUUGGGACUGUAUACCAUGGGAAACUCCGAGAUGGGCGAGAAGUUGCAAUCAAGCGACUCUACCAGCACAAUUAUAGACGACUGGAACAGUUCAUUAAUGAAGUUGAAAUCUUAAUUCGCUUGCGCCACAAAAAUCUGGUCUCUCUUUAUGGUUGCACUUCACGCCGCAGCCGGGAUCUCCUCCUUGUUUAUGAAUUCAUUCCUAAUGGCACCGUUGCUGAUCAUCUUCAUGGCGAUCGUGCACAGUCCGGUUUACUCACAUGGCCCGUACGCAUGAGUAUUGCCAUAGAAACUGCAAGUGCAUUAGCUUAUCUCCAUGCCUCGGAUAUCGUACACCGUGAUGUUAAAACUAACAACAUUCUCCUGGAUGAUAAUUUUUCCGUCAAAGUAGCAGAUUUUGGGCUUUCACGGUUGUUCCCCCAUGAUGUUACCCAUAUCUCAACUGCUCCACAAGGGACCCCUGGCUAUGUUGAUCCAGAAUAUCACCAAUGUUACCAGCUUACUGGAAAGAGUGAUGUCUAUAGUUUUGGAGUUGUUCUUAUUGAACUCAUCUCAUCAAUGCCUGCUGUUGAUAUCACCAGGCAUAGGCAUGAGAUUAAUUUGGCUAAUUUAGCAAUAAACAAGAUUCAAAAGUGUGCAUUUGAUGAGUUGAUUGACCCUAAUCUCGGGUAUAAAUCAGAUGAAGACGUUACAAGGAUGACAACUUCAGUUGCAGAGCUGGCUUUUCGAUGUCUGCAACAAGAGAAAGAAAUGCGUCCUUCAAUGGAAGAGGUUUUGGAGGAACUACAGAGGAUACAGAGUGAAGAUUACAGGUUGGAGAAUGUGCAGGAGGAGGAGUACACAGACAAUGAGGUGCCAGGGGGUGUACAGCAGCCUCCUUCACCACCAAACGGUGACCAUAGUGUAUUGUUGAAGAAUAUCCGACCGCCACCUUCACCAAUUUCUGUGACAGAUAAAUGGGCUAGUCGGAGUACUACACCUGAUGCCAGUGGAUAAGUUUCUAGACCAUUCUGGUUUAAAUUUCGAGGUAGAGAAUGAAAUUUCAUUCAGGUCUCACUGCCAACUGCAAAUAGAGGGUAAAAGAUUUUCAUUGUUCUCCUCAUUUGCUUUUCUUGAGGGAAUGUACAUAGUAAAUGGAGCAAUCAUUAUUAUUAUGCUAUAAUGUUCAUAUACUGCAGAUCUUAUAUCUGGCUUCCUGCUUUCUGCACCCCAUAAUAUUAUGCUAUAACGU